AUGGAGGGUAACAACAAAUUUGGUAACCCACAAAGCAUAAAAAUGAUUCUAAAAAAAUUUUCGAGUAGUUUUCGAAACAAAGAAUUCCUUCUUAAUUUCAAUUAUAUUCAAGAUGACUUAUACAAGAUCCUAAAUCUCCAACCGAAAGAGCCAGAACCUACAAGUGUUGGAGAUGAUGAAACUACAUGUCAACCAACCGAGUCCGAUUUCGUUGAAAAUGAAGUCCAGAAGAACCUAAAGAACCAGAGUCGACUGCGUUGA